AUGACGGGCUCGUCGAGCAAUCAGGCCGGCUCGGCCGUCUCCUCGUCCAGCAGCUCCGCCGCCGCGAGCGCAUCGGGCAUGAUGCAGUACUACUACGACACCGACGCCAGCUACGGCUUCAUGCAGCAGGAGCCCGCAUGGCUCAUGGCCACGCCCAUAGACGACGACGACCUCACCUUCGGCGGCAAGUCGCUCAGCACCUGGUACGAGGAGGACCGUCGGCGCUUCAGCCUCGGCGACGAGAGCUCCAGGACGAUGGAGAGCGACGAGGAGGAGGAGUCCAGGGGUCGUCAGAGGGUUCGUGCCCACUACGACGCCCCGAGUUCUCACCCCUCGCUCGCCACACGCCUGCGCGGCGUCCCCGAUGUUGCCACCGCCGCCGUCCCGCCUCAACCAAUGGAGCCAUCGCCUCCUUGGGUUCGCAUCACGACUGGGGAACCACGCCCCCGGGCGAACCGAAACCCGCGUCGCUGGUUGACGGCAGGCUGCCUCAAGGGCAGUGACUAUGGCGCCCACGACGACGCCUACUUCCCCACGCGGCUCUCGGAGCUGUUGGCGGCGCUGCAGUGA